AUGACCGCUCCAGCUUCGACUUCGCUCUUCAAGAAUCCUAGCCUUCUCAAGCUGUAUCUUCUUCUCAUCCCUGGCUCGCUGAUUGUCAGCGCUGCAAUGGGGUAUGAUUCGAGUCUCAUGAACGGCAUCCAAGGAGUUGAUCGAUGGCAAAACUGCUCUCUUCUUGGAAUCAUGAACGCCAUUCUCCCUCUCGGUGCCGUCUUCGGAACGAUCCCUGCAGCUUGGCUAUCUGACCAUCAUGGAAGACGUUGGGCUAUGGUUGUUGGAGAUGUCAUUGUCAUCCUCUCUACCAUCAUCCAGACCGCGAGCAUCAACACGCCCAUGUAUAUGGCUUCGCGAUUCCUAAUCGGCCUUGGAAUCACCAUCGCAUCCAGCUCCGCUCCCAUGCUCGCCGCCGAACUUGCCCAUCCCGAAUCACGAACGACCUUAACAUCAAUGUACAACACACUUUGGUACUUGGGAUCCAUCAUUGCAGCAUGGACAACAUACGGCACUUACCGCAUCAACUCCGAAUGGUCCUGGAGACUCCCUACAGCUCUUCAAGCCCUCCCCGCCAUCAUUAAUCUCAUCGGACUCUGGUUUCUCCCCGAAAGUCCUCGAUGGCUUGUAGGUCAAGACCGCCAUGACGAGGCACGCGAGAUCCUGAUCAAGUACCACGCCAACGGUGAUCAAGGCUCUGCUUUUGUUGCCGCUGAGUUUGAGGAGAUCCGAACUGCACUUCAGCUCGAGUUGGCAGGCUCCCGAUCAUGGAAGGAGUUGGUACAGACUAAGGCCAAUAGGCAUCGCACAUUCCUUGUCAUUUGCUGUGCUUUCUUCCCCCAAUGGUCUGGCAACGGAUUGGUGUCUUACUAUAUCGCCCCCGUCCUUCGAUCCAUUGGUAUCAACUCUCAAGAAGACAUUACUCUCAUCAACGGUAUCCUUCAGAUCUGGAACAUGAUCGUGGCCAUGACUGGCGCGAACCUUGUCAACCGAGUUGGUCGUCGCCCUCUCUUCGUCGUCGCAACUUCAUGCAUGCUCGCAGGCAUGGUCGCCUGGACCAUCACUGGCAGUGUUUUUGCAAGAACCAAGUCAGAGGCCACCGGUGCAGGUAUACUAACCUGUGUCAUCUUCUUCGCUUCAUCGUACAACAUCUGCUGGAAUCCACUGGCUGUGGCAUACCCUGUUGAGAUUCUUCCCUUCAACAUCCGCGCCAAGGGUAUCGCACUUCUCAUGGGUUCCAUCAAAGGAGCCAGUUUCUUCAAUCAGUUCGUCAACCCCAUUGGGCUGAAGAAUCUUGGAUGGAAGUACUAUAUCGUGUACUGCGUCUGGCUUUGCAUUGUUCUAGUCACUGUGUUCUUCAUGUUUCCGGAGACCAAGAACCGAUCGCUUGAAGAGAUUUCUGAAGUUUUCGAGAAAUACUCCGAGAACCCAUCCGAGAAGAAGCUUGAAGCCACCGAUAUUGAGUGCAUCGAGCACCAGAGGAACGAGAAGGAGUAG